ACUGUACGCAGCACCAAGAGACAGCUCACUGCGUUUACCAACAAGAGACAGUGAGGAGGUGUGAGAGAGACAGACUGAUUUUUUUGUACUCUUGUAUUUUUAUAUCAUAUUUAUUAAUUUAUAGCCUACGCGAACAUAUUUAUUUUUUUCCAUUGUUGGUUCUGUUUGGGUCCGAUUUUUUCUUCUUAAUUUUUUGGAAUAUGGUUGGGGAAAUGGAAUCGAAGGAGAAACCGAAGCCCACCCCAGACUAUCUCAUGCAGCUCAUGAAUGAUAAGAAACUGAUGAGCAGCCUACCCAACUUCUGUGGGAUUUUUAACCACCUCGAACGGCUGCUUGAUGAAGAGAUCAGCCGGGUACGCAAGGACAUGUACAACGACACGCUAAACGGUAGCACAGAGAAGAGGAGCAGUGAGCUCCCUGACGCAGUGGGCCCCAUCGUGCAGCUCCAGGAGAAACUCUUUGUGCCUGUAAAAGAGUACCCCGAUUUUAACUUUGUGGGCCGGAUCCUGGGACCACGGGGGCUGACAGCCAAGCAGCUGGAGGCAGAGACAGGAUGUAAAAUCAUGGUGCGCGGGAAAGGCUCCAUGAGGGACAAGAAGAAGGAGGAGCAGAACCGAGGCAAGCCCAACUGGGAGCACCUCAACGAGGACCUGCAUGUCCUGAUCACGGUGGAGGAUGCACAGAACCGCGCUGAGAUCAAGCUGAAGAGGGCCGUGGAGGAGGUCAACAAACUACUGGUGCCUGCGGCAGAGGGAGAGGACAGCCUGAAGAGGAUGCAGCUGAUGGAGCUGGCCAUCCUCAACGGCACCUACCGAGACGCCAACAUCAAGUCACCUGCCCUUGCCUUCUCUUUUGCAGCGAACGCCCAGGCGCCCCGUAUCAUCACUGGCCCCGCCCCCAUGCCCCAGAACGCCCUGCGCACACCUACACCGGCCGGCCCCACCCUAAUGCCCCUGAUCCGACAGAUCCAGACCUGCAUGCCCAACGGCUCGCCCCACCCGGGUGUCAUGACCCAGGGUCCCGAGUCGGGCCUCAUAUACGCGUCGCCCUACGAUUACCCCUACACGCUGGCCCCUGCCACCUCCAUUCUGGAGUACCCCAUCGACUCCAGCGGGGUGUUAGGUGCAGUGACUGCUAAAGUUCGAAGGCACGAACUGCGGGUCCAUCCUUACCAAAGGAUAGUGACCGCAGACAGAGCCGCCACUGGCAACUAACCCCUGACCUUCUGACCUCUGAACUCUUCACACAUGAUGACCUGGCCAUUGCCUGGCCGCAGAUCAGUUCUCCGGUAGAAAGAAAGAACACAUAAAGCAGCCUUGGCUUGUUACAGUCGGUCACGGCACAGCUUCUCAUCACCCGAAUAAUGGACACACUACAAUGGCUUGGCGGGCACCUCCUGCCUGCCCUGUCUGCUUAGUAGGAGACUGACCCUGGCUCUAGACCUGCACUGAAUCAUUGUCAAGCAAUAAGGUCUGAAAUGCCCCUGAACGAGUCCCCAGCCAGGCAACCUCCAAACACACCACACUCUAAAACACCCUAGUAAUGGCUCGUUGGUCGCCUCCUCCGGAUUGAAGAUGAAGAUGGCGACCCCUCCCACCGGCCCAAACCCACCGUACCCAUGUCGCCCAGGUGACUUUCCCACUGUCAUGGUAACGGAGCUGGCUCUGAAUGUAUAGCAGCGCGGUGAGGCCUUCUGAGCAGAGUGCAUUCACCUCUGUCUCUCCCUCUCUCUCUCUCUCUCUCUCUCUCUCUCUCUCUCUCUCUCUCUCUCUCUCUCUCUCUCUCUCUCUCUCUCUCUCACUCUCUGUCCACCCAUCUAUCCUUGCCAACUGAUUACCCCUCUCCCUUCACUGACUCUAUGAAAUCCUGGUUCUGUUAUGAAAUGGAAACUGGGGGGGUCAUUUUAGCAGGACUUGAAGAGAGACUAGGGGUCAAACAAGGAGUAUCAAGCGUAUAGAAGGUAAAGUACCUGUCCCGUUACCUGGCAUUGUUGUUGUUUUUCUACCAUAAAGGAAAAUCUUGCGGUCAACUGUUUGUUUUUUAGGAUGUAAAAGCCAUGCUUGCCUAUCUGCUGUACAAAUGUAUUGAAAUUUUAGAUACAUGUGUAAAAAUGGGGGAGAGAACACCAAUGUAAAGAAAACAGACACUUUUAUUAUACAUGGGUGCUCAUGGCGAAGAUAAAUAUAUAUUUUUCAAAAACAUAGUCUUUUAUACCUUCAAGUAUUGUAAAGAGAAAUUAACAAUUAAACCCUUUAUGUCAUGAAAACAAUCCUGUUUUAUUUCUGUGGAUGGAGAGGUGAAGACCAAAACAACCUUUCAUUUGAUUUCGGGGUUGAGCAUUUAACUGAAGUGGAAAAACAACAAAGUGCCUUAUUAUGGUUUCUGAUAUCUGAAUGUGUCAUCAUCAGCCUUUAAGCAGCAGGCCAGGUCAGUACACACAGUCUGUCAGUCCUGAGAUGCCCUAAGAUGGAGUCAGUCACCUCAGCCUUGUUGUUACACUAGUCAGACACAGUAGGUCUCCUUCCACCAUCAUUUAAGUGUGACUAGGUAGAUACACAAGUCCUUUUUGGUGGCUCAAUAUAGUAGUAAUAUUAAUAGUAUAUCAGUUGUAUACCAAUACUGUCAGAGUCAGUGUCUAGGGCACUUAGACCCUCUGGUACAAUGUCCUGUCAAUGUCCUAAAGCAGGGAUCAUCAACUAGAUUCAGCCGCGGGCCAAUCUUUUCUCGAGUGGAUGGUCAGGGGGCCGGAACAU